UGUCAACUAUAUAUUUCUACUGCUUCAACUAACAGCUUCCUUUAGGUUUUGCUAGAAUACAGGGGGCUGUUGUGCCAGGAGAAACUUUUAGAAAAGCAUCCUAAAUAGUCAGAGUGGAUCGUCCUUAAGUAUUUAGUUCAUAAUUCGUAAAAACUACCAACAAGCAGGAAAUAAGUAAAUUUACAGAUAAAAUUAUAACCAUUAUAAAUUUAUUAAUUUUAUGUUGAUGGCAACCGAAGAUUUCUGUAUCUUCUUUGUUAGUUAAGGUACCCAUGCUGCGAAUACUAUUGAUCAAAUGAUAACCUAUAUUAUUAGUUCCAUUGAGCAAUGCUAGAGUUACAAUUUUUAGUCUUCAUUUUUUUCCAACCUCUGAUUUUUAUUUUUUUAUUUACGCUUUUCAUCCCAGCAGUCACACGCCCCGGAGCAUUUUGUUCAAGCAACAUUACUGUAAACCAAAAAUUUGAACAUGAAUGCAUAGAAGAAAGAAAAAAAAACGAAGAAAAGAAAAGUAAUGUUUAAAGAGGGAGCAUAACAUGCGAGUGCACCACAACACAUUGUAUGGAACAUCACAUGGAACACUGCAACACCACUGGUGUCUGUUUUAGCCAGUAUCUUGACAGGCACGACGGCAGUUAUCCCGUAGUGAGGGGCUGUAUACAAAGUAAAACUCCACUCUUGUGUGAAAACAGAAGGCCAGCAGUUGCUAGGGGAACUUGGCCUCUCCUUCUCUGCUGCAACAGCAAUUUGUGCAACAGGGAUGUUGUACCAACACCACCUCCAUGGUUUGAAAAUCAAAAUCGAGAAAAUUCAACUGCAGCAAUAUCUGAAGAACAAGUAUUAGAUACAAAUGAAGUUUCUCAAAUUGGAAAUGGUCUGCCUAUUAAGAAUGACGUCGAAUCUCCGUCAUCCAAUCAGCAUUCAUAUUCCAGCGAAAUUCCACCCAUCCUCCACAUCCCACUGAAACCCAAAACCAGAUCAUCUUCUCUACCUCACAUAAUCAGUCCAAUUUACAUAUCUGUUCUCGUUUUGGGUAUCAUAAGCUUAAUCAUUAUAGGCAUUAUAGCGACUGUCGUCCUCAAGCGCAGCAACAGGUUUUAUUUGGAACAAUAUGGGGCAUUAGAACAGCAACAAGAACAGUGCUGCUUAAAACAUGCCACCGAACAUUUGUCAUCUGUGCAUGUUCACUGUGACUGUGAUUCUCAAGUAGAGCUUCUAAACACUGGUUCUCAACCUUGUAUUCACGCCAUGUACCAGAAUCAAAGUUCUAACAACACUUGAAGGUUGUUGAUAUUUAUAUUUUAAGUUAUUGAUGAUCAAUUUAGACAUGAAUAUGUAAAUGAUAAAUGUUGAUAUUAUGUAAAUAGCACGCAUACUAUUUGUGAUAAGAAUGGAAAGAAUAUUGUGAUGCAGUAAAGCAUAAAAAUGUGUACGCGAACAAUCAUUCUUUUGACAGUGAAUGAUAAAAAGAAAAAGAAUGAUUAUUGCUCCCAGUCAUAGUCAAAUCUUUUUAUAUCUAUCUCUCACCUUUUUCAACCUUGCUGAUAAAAAUAAUAAUUGUCUGAUCAGUUUGAUUGUUUGACAGCAACGAAAUUUCCUUACCGGUUAGGAACGAAACUUCCAAAAUCGCAAUAUUUUCUAAAAUGGUAAAUGUUUUGAAUUAUGAAACGUAAAAUUGAACGUUAAAAUUUCCAACCUGAGAAACAGCAAUUAACUCAUGUUUUAUAACAUAUUAUUAAAAUAACAAGAUUAUAGAUGUAAAUUCCGUACAUGCUAUACAUACUAUAUGGAUAGUUAAUUAACCGUAUAAAGCACAAAUGGCGCUAGGGGUUAAAUAUCGUCGUAAGACGUCCGGGUUACAACUCUUCCGAUUUAUUUUUACUCUUUAACUUGAAAAAGCUCGCUAUCUAAUAAUAUUACACUAGUUGUGUUUACAAUGUAACACAUUCUUUCAAUUUAACUUUCAGCGAAGCAAACCACAAAUGGUCGAAAGUCUCGGUAGACAUGCUGUGAUGCUUUCCAAAAAUAACAGCCGAAUAGGGGAUGUAACUUAAAAUAUGGCAAACCUUACUCAUGUCGCGAAAUUAAAUUUUUCAAAUUUAUUUAUGACCCACGAUCUUCUUGAAUUCAAAAAUUACGGUAAACUCUUAUAAAAGGUAAAAUUAUAGGUAAAUUUGAACACAAAUUACAAUUACAAUGCUUCCUAGAAUACCAAACUUGUACACAUAACCGCCUCGUAAAUAUAAUUAAAACGGAGGUAUACGCCGGAAGUUUUCUAUAUUUCUUUCUUUCGGUUUGAGGAAGCUUGUUAUUGUUUACACUUAGUCACGAAUUUAUAUAAAGUAAACAUUAACAUUUACACUUGCAUAUGAAGUAAACAUUUUUCUAUAAAUAGUAUAAAAUAAACAUUACUUUAAUGUUGCAUUGUAGUACUAAUGCUAAAUUUUAACAGUAUUUCAUAUGUAAAAAAAUCAUUACAAUAAAUAGUUAACUAUUGCGCUAUAUUAACAAUGGAUUUUAUCUUUAAUAAUUAUCAUUACAAUGCCUUUGUUCUUUUGAAUAUUUUUUAA